UAACUUUUUUUUUUUUGAGAGAGUAAGAGGGUAAAUUAAACUGUUCAACACCCCCACCACCACCACCCUCCACUCCAAACUGUACAUUUUUUACCCUUGAGGGUGCGAGUAAAACUGUAGAUAAGGCUUCGAAUCAGAUUCACUUGAAUCACCCGUGUUCCUGGGCCAAGUUUCAGGUACGAUAAGAAAAAAUGGCCUCCCUAUAAAAUGUUUGUUUUAUAUAUGAAAUAUAGACAUUUUACAGCAGAAGUAAGUGUGGGUAUAUAAUUAAAUAUAUAUAUGGAAUAAUUUGUGCUGUGACUGACAGGCCUAUUUUUACCCAGCUGUGGGGGAUGAAGUGGCAGGGGGACGGAGAGGCCGUGUGGGGGGGGGAGAGCGUACAGUAUGGGCUACUGUAAGUCUUUAUUUAUUAGUCCUGCCUGUACUCCUGCGCUGGCUUUGACUUAAAUUUACUGCACCACACAGCAAAAAAAUAAUAAAAUAAAAAAAUCCACAAGACCGCCUUUGGGUUUGAAAUCCCCCCAGCCAGACGAGUUCCCGCUCCUGGAACCUGCUGGAGGCGGACAUUUUGACUGCUGCGCUGGGGGGGGGGGGUUGCCUCUCUGACACCAGCGCCGUUAAAUCCUGGAGCCCAGGAGAAAAGAGAGAGAGAGAGAGAGAGAGAGGGAGAGGAAGAAAGAGAGACAGAGGAAGAAAGAAAAAGAGAAGGAGAGAAAGAGAUGGCUUUAAUGAAACCCCAGCUCUAAUGAUGGAUUUUCCAGGAGGGAUGGAUGACGACGAUGACUUCGGAGGCUUUGAGGCUGCAGAGGGCGGAGACGGUGCGGCGCAGGUCACCGUUUCCCCGGCGAUCCCGUGGGCUGCCCUCUCCUCAGUUCCAGGGAUGAAGCUGGCGACGGGGGCCCCCCCGGACAUCCUGAUGGAUCAGCAGCCGUCCUAUCAGACAGACUCCCUGGAGCCCGCCCCCCCCGGGACGCCGCCAGAGCAGCCUCAGGUCUCCCCUGACCCCGCCCCCGACAGCCCGACCACCUCCACCACGCAGCACGCAACUCCCGCCGCCGACUCCCCCGACUCUACGGAAGCCCGCGAGGCCCACAGCCAGGUGCAGCAGGUGGUGUGCAGCCUGCAGACGCAGCUGGCCGCCAGCGAGGAGGAGAAGGCCCGCAUCCAGCAGGAUCUGGAGGAAAUGAUGGCGAAGCAGGCCAGGAUGGAGGAGCUGUUCCAGAAGGAGAAGGGGGCGGAGUCCGAUCUCCACCGGAAGCGUUACGCUGAGCUCCAGGAGCAGCACGGCGUGAGCCUGGAGGACAUGCGGAGGGCGGGCCACGAGUCCCUGAGGAUCAUCGUGGAGGAGUUUAAGGCCUUGACCAGGUCGGCCGUGGAGCAGCAGCAGGAAGUGGGCGAGGCUCGCCUGCAGGCCGCCCUGGAGGAGCAGAGACACCGGUGUGAGGAGCUGAUGGAGGCCCAGCACCGGCGGCUGCUGGACCUGCUGGACGGCGAGCGGGACGCCCUGGAGGAGAAGCUGAGAGAAACGCUGAGUCAGCAAGCCCAGCAUCACAGGGAGGAGCUGGAGAAAUGUAUGCAGGAGGAGAAGCAGAGAGCAGAACGGGCCAUAGAGGCAGCUGUGCAGGCGCAGGAGGGCCGGCUGAAGGAGGCGGUGCUGGAGGCGGUGCAGGAGGAGAGGAGGCGGGCCGAGCGGCAGCAGGCGGAGCAGAGGGCGGAGUGGGAGGCGGAGCGUCGCAGGGACCGGGACUCGCUGGACCAGGCCAUACGGGACGCCCUGACGGACCAGCGGAGAGCCAGCAAGGAGGUGCUGCGGGAGGCCGUGGAGGAGGAGCGGCAGGCGGGAGAGAGGAGGCUGCAGGAGGCCACGCUGAAGGUGCGAGAGGAGCUCAUGGACUUCAUGAAGGAACAGAAGAGGCUGGAUCAUGUGACCCGGAAGAAGAACCUGGCCAGUCUGGAGCUCUUCCUGUCCUGUGCCCAGAGGCAACUUUCGGGGCUCCUGCAGGACGGCCCCCCAGCGGAGGAGGAGGAGGAGGAGGAGGGGGGAAACGUGGACACGCCCGCCAGCAGCCCCAGCCUCUGACAGCUGCCCCGCC